CAUGCCCCGAUGCUGAACAUUGAACUUUACUGCAAAGGCACUGAGGAUGAUCCCUGGAAAUGUGAGGUGAAACCUUUGACUCACAGAAACUGCUCGGCAGAGAAAGAAGCAGCUGGUGUUGUUUGUUCAGAACACAGAGAGCCAAGACUGGUUGGUGGAACGGAUGGAUGCUCUGGAAGAUUGGAGAUACAGAAAGGGAAUACUUGGGGCACAGUGUGUGAUUCACAUUGGGAUUCACAAGACGCUCGUGUGGUUUGUGCUUCCUUAAAAUGUGGCGAAGUGAUAGCAGUGCUCAGAGAGUCUCCGUUUGGAGAGGGCAGUGGUCCUGUGUGGCAGGAUAUCUAUGAAUGCCAGGGGAAUGAGACCAUUUUCUGGGACUGCCCGAUGAGACCAAACAAUCAAAAGAAUUGCACACACAGACAUGACGUCAGUAUCAUUUGCUCUGGUCAAAAGGGACCACGAUUAGUUGGUGGUAAUGAUACCUGCUCAGGACGACUGGAGAUACUGCUGGGUGACACCUGGGGCACAGUCUGCGAUACCGACUGGGAUUUACAGGAUGCAGCUGUUGUCUGCAAUCAACUCGGUUGUGGAGCCGCAAUAGCAGCACCAGGAGGUGCAUAUUUUGGAGAGGGAACUGGGCAGAUAUGGAACGAUAUCUACGAAUGUAUCGGCAAUGAAAUGCACUUGCGUGACUGCCCGGUUUCAUCCUCGGGACACCAAAAGUGCUCACACGGCAAUGGUGCUGGGGUCAUCUGUUCUGGUAGAUAUUGGCAGAUACGACUGGCCAAUGGGGAGACCAUUUGUGAUGGCCGAGUCGAGGUUUAUUAUCGCGGCACUUGGGGGAGAGUGACUGACACUCAGUGGAAUUUCAAGGAUGCAGCUGUGGUUUGCAGACAACUGAAUUGUGGCUCUGCAAUUAACAUUUACAACCACUCGAAGUUUGGCAAAGGCACAGGUCCAUCCUUGAUCAACAAUGUCAAAUGCAAUGGCAAUGAACCCUUCCUAUGGAAUUGCAGUUUUACACAAAUGAAACAGUUGUCUGUUGCUGAUGACGUGGGUGUGGUUUGCACUGAUCAUAUUCAGAUAAGAUUGAUGGAUGGUGGAAGUCGCUGUGCUGGAAGGGUGGAGCUUUAUUUCAGUGGAACCUGGGGAACUGUGUGUGAUGACUCCUGGGAUUUAGCAGAUGCCCAAGUUGUCUGUAACCAGCUGAAGUGCGGACAGGCUUUAAAUGCAACGAUUUCCGGUUGGUUUGGUCCAAGCUUGGGGCCUAUUUGGUUAGACAAUGUGAAGUGUGGAGCGAAUGAUUCUCUCCUGUGGGAAUGUCUGCCAGGCCGGUGGAGUGAGAACGACUGCAACCAUAAAGAGGAUGCUGGAGUUAUCUGCUCAGAGCACAGGGCUCUGAGGCUGCAGGAUGGAGCGAAUCCCUGUCAGGGCAGAGUCGAGAUUUUCUAUAAUGGAACCUGGGGGAGUGUUUGUUUCGAUUCCUUUGGAAUAAAGGAAGCGGACGUUGUUUGUCAACAACUCGGAUGUGGCUCUGCCCAAGCUGUGGAUCGUGAUGUUACAUUUGGAAGUGGUUCUGGACAGAUCUGGCUCGACGAUGUGAGCUGUCGUUCGUCUGACACAGUCCUGUGGGAAUGUCUAUCUUCACCAUGGGGUGAAAAUAACUGUAAUCACCAGGAGGAUGUCGGAGUUAUUUGUUCAGAACUAAAUCCUGGGAAAAUGCACAAUGAUAUGGACAGGAGGAAAAGUAACAUGGAACCACUUUUGGAAGAUUUUGAGCUGCGGCUGGCUGCGGGAUCGAACAACUGUUCGGGAAGAGUUGAAAUAUUUUUCAGUGGGACAUGGGGAACGGUUUGUGAUGAUUCCUGGGACAGGCAUGAUGCCGCUGUUGUUUGCAGACAAUUAAAUUGCGGCGAGCCGGUCUGGGCUGUGGGAGAGAAGCUAUUGGACCAAGCAAACGGCACAAUUUGGAUGGACGAGGUUCAGUGCAAGGGAAGUGAACUCUUCCUGUGGGACUGCCAAUUGUCAGCAAUGGGAGAUCAUGACUGUGACCACAAGGAGGACGUCAACGUGAUCUGUUCUGGCCAUCAGAAACACAGAGCACUCUUCAACCAGGAGAGACCCUCUAUUUUCAUUAUCCCUUGUAUAUUUGUUGUCCUUUUGAUUGCUGUUUCACUUGCUUUGGCUGCAGAAUUGCCGAGAAGCUUCCAGAAAGCUAACAGAAACAGACAAUAUCAUACCACUGGAUUUCCUGAUCCCAUUUAUGAAGAGAUUGAGGUUCAGGAGCUUGGAACAAGCACAGGUUUGAACUCUAUCAGUUCACUAAACAAAUUGGAAUAUUAUACAGACAAUGAGUUACAUGAAUAUGAAGCUGCAAAUGUGGAAGAUUCACUUACUCUUUAUGAUAUUGAACUUGGAAGACAACAUGAUGAUGUUCAAUAA